GUAAGUUAGUGGUUUGCAGUAGGAUGCACUCUUUCUAUGUUUUAAUAAGUUAUGCCUUUUGUAUGGUUAAUGGUUAAUGCCUGCUUAAAUUAAUUCCUACUCGCAUGUAUCUCGCUUCUACCAGAGGCCGUUAGACAGGCUUUCAUACUUUAUACAGGCCUUCAUGCCGCCCUCUUCCAGCCAUCCAUCCACCGAGAUUCAUCACCACCGUAAAGGAAUCGCGCUCGUUCCUUCCACGACAUUCUCGAAACCCUCGAAACCCUCGAAACCCUCGAAACCGCUGUGCGCCCUUCCGUCCGUGGUCGCUCAUACAUCACCCUCGCUACCUAUAGUCUCCGACUCCGUUGGGGGCUUGUUGAAGGAACCCCCCAAACAGCGAACCAUAAAUCCUCACCGACGAGCAUAUUGCGGACACGCGCCGCCUUCAUUCAUGCACUCGAGUUCGCAGAUGCACUGUCUUAGGGUCGCCGGUGCAGUACAGACCGAAUCCCGAUCAUAGACACUCUCAGGGAUAGACCCCCACCACAGAUAGUCAGCACCAUCACCCACAAUGUCCUCGUCGAACACCUCCCCCGACACCUACUCCAACCCUACCUUCGACUCUGUUAAUACGUCCACGGCCGGACAGUCAUCGCACAAGCGUCGCAGAAGUACCGAUGACCCAACCUCUCCCAAGGGGAACAACGCAGGCAGCGGCACACCCUCCAUAAAGCGGAUAGCAUGUGUAAUAUGCAGGAAGAGAAAGCUAAAGUGCGACGGCAGCAAGCCUAGCUGCUCGACCUGCAAGCGCCUCCACCACGACUGCGCCUACGACGAGGUUCGACGCAAGAGCGGCCCAAAACGAGGAUAUGUGAAGGCCCUCGAGGAGAGACUGAAGCAAGUCGAGGAGUUGCUUAAAACGCGCGACCCCUCAGCAGCGAAGAGCCCCGACCUAGCACGCUCAGCCUUUACCGCCGCGAACACCCAUACGAGCACUCGGGCCAUGCUUGUGACAGCGAAUGCAGAUUUCGGCGUCAACAACCCAGAUAUUGCUGUUGUCAACGACCGAGAUCACGAGCGCUGGCACUACCCCGGCGAUUCGCCCCAGCCGGGCAUGGAGGAACUCGCUUUUGAUCCGAACUUGAAUAUGGGGGGGAUGACAAUGGACCCGACGUUUACAUGGGAGAUGAUCGGAUUGGGCCUCGAUGAGCCGCUGCCGCCGCAGGACACGAUUGAUGAGUUGCACCGGAUUUAUUUCGAAAAGAUACACCCCUCUGUGCCAAUGAUACAUAAGUAUCGUUAUUUGGCGGCUAUGAACCUUGCUCCGAAUCAACGGCCUCCAGUUUGUCUGCGAUACGCGAUGUGGACACUGGCGUGUUCCGUCACAGACAAAUUCUUGGGCCUGAAAGACCACUUCUACCAGAGAUCUCGCAAAUACGUUGAGCAGGACUACCUGAAGGGACACGGCGAGCAUUUGAUAUCCGUCGGCCACGCGCAGACUCAUAUCCUUCUAAGCACGUACGAGUUCAAGAUGAUGUAUUUCCCAAGGGCAUGGAUGAGUACUGGCUCGGGUAUUAGAUUAUGUCAGAUGAUGGGCCUACACAGGUUGGACGGAGAAGGACUGGACGUUAAGCAAUGCCUCCCACCGGCACGGGACUGGACGGAGCGGGAAGAACGGCGCAGGACAUUCUGGAUGGCAUUUGCCGAGGACCGGUACGCCAGUAUAGGCACUGGGUGGCCGAUGACCAUCGAUGAGAGGGACGUUCUCACCAAUCUUCCCGCGUCAGAGGAGGCUUUUGAGAAGAGCAAGCCGGAGCAGACCACCUCGCUGUCCGAAGCAUUCGGCCCCAACGGCGCAGAAAAACUCUCCGCGUUCGGCAGCAUCGCCUUGAUGGCGGCCCUCUUUGGCCGCAACCUCGUGCACCUUCACCGCCCCGACGCCAAUGAGCUCGAUUCCGACCUCAACGGCGAGUUCUGGAAGCGUCAUAGACAGCUGGACAAUAUAUUGCUGAACACGUCGUUAAAGCUACCUGAGCACCUCAAAGUAUCGAACGCAAACAACCCAAAUAUUCACAGCCCGAAUAUCGUGUAUGCGAACAUGAAUAUCCACACCUCGACUAUCUGUCUGCACCAGGCAGCUGUAUAUAAAGCAGAUAAGAAUCACCUCCCGGCGUCGGUAAGCAAGGAGAGUAAGAUGCGCUGCAUUAAUGCUGCGAAUGAGAUCGCGGGUAUCAUGCGCAUGAUCUCCCACCUAGAUCUGUCAGCUAUGAACCCCUUUAUCUCCUUCUGUCUCUACGUUGCUGCGCGUGUCUUCGUGCAGUAUCUUAAGAGCCGACCGGAGGACAACACGACGGGCGACGCACUGCGAUUCCUGCUGGCUGCCAUGAACGCAAUGAAAGCUAAGAACCCGCUCACCGAGUCAUUCCUCGUUCAGCUCGAUGUCGACCUGGAGAGCCUCGGACUGCGAGAUCCAAAAUAUAAGGUCCUUAUCAACGGACACUUAAAUAACCCCCAAGCGCAAAUCUUCAAAGAUCAUCACGGUAAUGGCACCGACCCAUGCAACUUCCUCAAGAUCGUCGACGACGUCGUCACCAGCGCGCAACCCAACUCCCCAACCACCUCCACCUCCACCGCACCCGCAACCACUACCUCCGGUCCUCCCAUAACCUCCGACCGAGCACCCCCGACCUUCAGUGGCUACACCAAUAUCGGGAUACCCUGGGUCCCCGCCGACCGUGGCUUCCCCAGCCGCCCCGGCGCCGGCACAAACCUAGGCAGCAUGCCCGGCCUCGUCGUCCUCCCCAACACCAACGACACCACCUACGGCAUGCAACGCCACUUCACGUCCGAGAUGGAAAUGGACCUCUCCUCCGGCGACGCCGCCGUCUCCGACCGCCCCACACCCUCCUCCACCGCCCCCUCCGACGGCCACCGCCCCGCCAACCUCGCACCAGCGAAGGGCUCAGGCCGCAGCUCCUUCGAGACGUCACCCGUCGCGAGCCACAACGCCGGGAUUCCCGAGCAGCACCAGAACGGCGCCGCACAGGGGUUCUACCAGCAGCAGCGCGGCGAGGGGUAUAUUCCUGCGCUGCAGAAUCAGGGCGGGAUAGGAUACACGAUGGCGGGGUCGCGGGGGCGCGGCGCGGGGUUCGCGGGCGCGCAGUGGGAGAUUGCGACGGCGCUGACGCCGAUUGGGGAGGGGAUGUUGAGAGAGCUGAUGAGUAUUGGGCCGAUGGAUAUGGGUCCGUGGGAAGGGCGGGCUCCUUGAAGACUGAUCCGAAGUCAGUUUGGGGAAUGGAAGGAGAGAGAGUAUAUAUAAUUCAUUAACGGCUUUUAUGACGGAAGGACGGAAUUUGGGGGGGCGUUUUUACUGGCGAAGGGCUGCCUCACAACUGAAGCGUCCGAAAUAUUUUGUUAUGCGAUAUUCAAAGCCUGGGCUCAUAGUAGCACCACAAAAAGGGCGAAGUGGCUGGGGUUGGUUGCAAGCGACGGUGGGGGCAAGGAUUUGCUUUUGUUUUUAAUCUGGGACUAUUGGCUGGGAUAACAUGAAAGGGGGGUGAUUUUCUAUGUAAACUGCUUUUGUGGGUUUUAGUUUGCUAUUUUGCUUUUUUAGCACUGAUGGUGUCGCCCGAUGAAUCGGACGGGGGAUACUUGUAUGUAUGGAAGCUGGGCAUACACACGCGCUUUUUGAGAAAUACUAAAUGCGAGA